AUGGCGGUAGAAGAAGAAGGUCUGCGGGUUUUUCAGAGCGUUAAAAUAAAAAUAGGAGAAGCUAAAAACAUCCCUCCAUACCCAGGACCGAACAGGAUGAGGGACUGUUACUGCACUGUCAACCUGGACCAAGAAGAAGUCUUUAGAACAAAGAUUGUUGAGAAGUCCCUCUGUCCGUUCUAUGGAGAGGACUUCUAUUGUGAGAUCCCGCGGAGCUUCAGACAUCUUUCUUUCUAUAUAUUUGACAGGGAUGUCUUCAGGAGGGACUCAAGUAUUGGUAAGGUUGCAGUGAAGAAAGAAGACCUACAGAAAUAUCACGGUAAAGACACCUGGUUCCAGCUCCAGCCUGUCAGCGCUGACUCAGAGGUGCAGGGAAAAGUGCACCUGGAGCUCCGUCUCAGUGAAGUCAUUACAGACAAUGGAGUCAUCAACCACAAACUAGCCACGCGAGUGCUGGAGUGCCAAGGUCUUCCAAUCGUCAAUGGCCAAUGUGACCCCUAUGCUGCUGUCUCAUUACUUGGCCCUUCCAGGUCAGAAGCAAAGAAAACCAAGGUGAAGAGGAAAACCAACAACCCGCAGUUUGAUGAGACUUUCUAUUUUGAGGUUACACGGCCUUUGAGCUACACAAAGCGACAGUUUGAUGUCGAAGAGGAAGAUGUGGACAAACUGGCUCUGAGGGUAGACCUGUGGAAUGCAAGCAACUUGAAAUUUGGUGAUGAGUUCCUGGGAGGAGUGAGAGUUCCCCUAAGAGUUCUGGGUCAGUCUGGAGUACAUGAUGCAUGGUACUAUCUCCAGCCUAGGGAAAAUGGAGGGAAGUCUGUCAAGGUGGAAGAGCUGGGAUCUCUGCGCCUGAACAUUGUUUACACUGAGGACCACGUCUUCCCUUCAGAGCACUACACCCCCCUCAGAGAUUUGUUGCUGUACUCUGCCAACAUACAGCCUGUGUCGGCAUCCACGGCAAACAUUCUGGGGGAGGUGUGUCGAGAGAAGCAAGAAGCCGCUAUACCGCUUGUUCGUCUCUUCCUCCACUAUGGCAAGAUUGUGCCUUUUAUCAGUGCCAUUGCUCACGCUGAAGUUAACCGUACGCAGGAUCCAAACACCAUUUUCCGGGGAAACUCGCUUACCUCAAAAUGCAUCGACGAAACCAUGAAACUGGCAGGGAUGCAUUAUCUGCAAGUCACUCUCAAACCAAUCAUAGAUGAGAUCUGCGCAGAACACAAGCCCUGUGAAAUUGACCCAGUUAAGCUCAAGGAAUCGGAAAACCUGGAGACAAAUCGAGAAAACCUUCGUCACUAUGUCGACCGUAUCUUUAAUGUAAUCACCACCUCUGGCGUUCGCUGUCCCACUGUCAUGUGUGACAUUUUCUUUUCACUGAGAGAGUCUGCUGCCACGCGUUUCCAAGUGGAUCAAGAUGUCCGAUACACAGCAGUGAGCAGUUUCAUCUUCUUGCGUUUUUUUGCUCCGGCCAUCCUAUCGCCCAAUCUCUUUCACUUACGGCCGCACCAUCCGGACCCCGCCACCUCAAGAACACUUACACUUAUCUCCAAGACUAUCCAGACAUUAGGAAGUCUCGCCAAGUCAAAAUCUGCCAAUUUCAAAGAGUCCUACAUGGCAGCAUUUUACGACUACUUCAAUGAGCAGAAGUAUGCAGAUGCUGUCAAGAAUUUUCUGGACCUCAUAUCCACUUCAGGGAAGUGGGAUCAAAAGAGUAUUGAAACACCUAUCAUGCUCAAAGAGGGAUUUAUGAUAAAGAGAGCACAAGGAAGGAAUCGGUUUGGAAUGAAGAACUUUAAAAAAAGAUGGUUUCGUCUCACCAAUCAUGAGUUCACUUAUCACAAAACAAAAGGUAAAGUUAAAGGAGAGGGAGCUUUGUGCAGCAUUCCCAUAGAGAACAUUCUGGCUGUGGAAAGGUUGGAGGAGGAGUCAUUCAAGAUGAAAAAUAUGUUCCAGGUGAUCCAGCCAGAGAGGGCACUCUACAUCCAAGCCAAUAACUGUGUUGAGGCGCGAGACUGGAUCGACAUCUUAACCAAAGUCAGCCAAUGCAACCGCAAGCGUCUUAGCACCUAUCAUCCUUCAGCCUACCUCAACGGCCACUGGCUCUGUUGCAAGCUCUCUGCUGAUGCAGCGCCUGGCUGUACGCCCUGCACCGGCGGCCUCCCUGCCAAUAUCCAGCUGGACGUAGAUGGAGACAGAGAGACUGAGAGGAUCUAUUCCCUGUACAGCACAUACAUGACCAAACUUAUCAAGAUGCAAGAGGCCUGUGGCAGUAAGUCUGUGUACGACGGACCUGAGCAAGAGGAAUACUCCAGUUUUGUUAUUGACGACCCCCAGGAGACAUACAAAACUCUGAAGCAGAUAGUUUCAGCUGUGCAGACCUUGGAACAGCAGCACACCAAGUACAAACGAGACAAGUUCAAGAAAACCAAGAUAGGCAGCCAAGAACAUCCGAUAGGGGACAAAAGUUUCCAGUGUUACAUCCGCCAACAGUCAGAAAGCUCCACCUAUUCCAUCUGA